AAAUCAGUAUCGCCGUUCAUCUCUCUCUCUCUCUCUGUUCAUCAGUCAGUCUGUCUGUCUGUCGUUGUCUUCAGAAAGACCGACACUCUUGGAGCCUCUAAGGAGCCCACUGUCAUCUGAAAACGACAGACCACCAACUACAGACCACCAACUACAGACCACCAACUACAGACCACCUCCUACAGACCACCAACUACAGACCACCAACUACAGACCCCUCCCAGAGGCUGGCAGACAACGGCACAUAUCAGAUGGCCACCUGGUGGUUGAGGUGGGGUACUGCUGCUGUGAUGGUGGGCAGCAUCCUGGCCUCCUUUGUAACCUCUGUUGCCAUGGAGCCCAGCUGUAACGCAAACCUUGGUUACCCCGGAAUACCUGGGGUACCAGGAGCUCACGGAGCCUACGGUAAAGACGGACCAAAGGGAGAGAAGGGAGACCCAGGUGAGUCUGGUCUGCGAGGGAAGGGUCUGAAGGGGGAGCCAGGUGAAUCAGGUCCUCCAGGACGGUCAGGUCUUCAAGGGAACCCCGGUCGGCUUGGACCCAAAGGACCCCCUGGCCCCCCUGGGGAGAAGGGUAGUCCCUCUGGGGUCGACUCCUCCCUCACCUCCUUCUUCUCCUGCAAGAGGAACACCAUUCAGCAGCCUCCUAAGAACUUGCCCAUUCGUUUCGACGGACCAAUACUGUCGGGCCUUGACCCUAGCCUGGAAGGUGUAUUGCUGAAGGACGGGUUGUUUAAGUGUACCAUUAGUGGCGUGUACUUCUUUACCUAUCAUCUGUCGGCUAAGAGCCUGAUCUGUGUUAACCUGAAGAAGGGGCCAGAGACCAAGGUGGGGUUCUGUGAUUCGUCGAGUGGAUUCCUGGUGACGUCUGGGUCGGUGGUGCUGGAUCUGUUGGAGGGAGACGUGGUGUCUCUACAGCCCACCGAUAACAACGCUAUCAUCACUAAAGACGAACGAGCUGACAACACUUUCACCGGCUUCCUGAUCUUGCCCAACUCAUAGAACCACAUGAAAUCACACAGAGCCACAUUGAAUGAGCUCAAACCAGAUUCAACCAGAUCUAAUCUCGGUUACCCAGAAGUAACAUUUUCGCGAAAGUUUGUCACUUCCUGUUUUACUUCAAUUUUGAAUUUGUAGGUGUGGUAUCUAGCGGAAACCUUUCAUCAUCCACACACGGGUUUGAAAUCUCAGCCACAGUUUGAUUACCGCUUUUGAACAAUCCUGAUUCUAUCAAAUAAUCAAUGAUGAAAACCCCAAACCAGGAACACCCGCUGCUCGUAAUCCCAUAAUUCUACACGAGCCUUGACAGAUUGUUGCCAUUUACAUACAGAAUUUGUCCACGAGAGAUUAAACCAGAUCGAUCACACCUGCUGAAACCAGCUUCCUGCUCUUCCACACCACAUAAAAUACACAUCAUAGCCACGUCAUUCUGUUCUAGAAGCAUCUGCAGAACAACCAACCAUCUCUGUGUCUGUUUCUGCCUCCCUGUCUCUACUGCUGCUGCUUGCUGAGACAGUUCAUCAAUCAAUCAAUUCAUUCUCCCAGGUCGCUGUUGUAAAUGAGAACGUAUUCUCAGUCACCUCACCUGGUAAAAUAAGGAUUACAUUUCAAAUAAAUCAAAUAAUCAAUCAUAUAUUGCAUCUGCUGUAGUGCCUACCAAAACUCAAAAGAUACCAUUUUGGAAAUGAGUUUGCCAUCAAUAAAGUGAUUUGUUACCA